AUGGCAGAGCCGCGGCCAUCUACCGACCAGGAAGAGGACGCGCCCCUCCUCGAGCGUGAGGACGGCGACGAGCGCGAGAACAGCAACAGCGGUGUGAGCGUGCUAGACCCGACUCAACUCAACAACCGGGAGAAGGUCCUCGCGAUCCUUGUCCUCGUCCUCGUUGCCAUUGCAGGCACCUUCAUCGGCCUCUUUGCCAGCACCGAAGUCGCGCUCAAGAAGGAGCGUGCCCACUCUCCAACCGUCACCACCACCGUUACCCGAGACCUCCCCGCGCCGACUGGCAAGCCACCCAAGCCUGUGUGCACCACGCCCGAGUGUGUGACAGCUGCAGCGGAAAUUAUUCGGUCCAUUGACGUGUCGGCCGACCCCUGCGACGACUUCUACGCUUUCGCCAAUGGUGGCUGGCUUGAGGCGAACAGCAUUCCAGCCGACCGUGGGAUCUACGGACAGUUCCACUCCGUGGCUGACCGCAACAAGAAGACGCUCCUCAAGAUUAUCGACUCCAUUCACCUUGAGGGCGCGGGAUUCGACGCCGAAACUGACAACCUCCGCAAGCUCAAGGACACGUACACCUCCUGCAUUGACGUCGACAAGCUUAACGAGCGCGGCGCGGAGCCACUCCUCCCACUCGUCAAGGAGGUUGUCGGUGCCAUGGGUUCCUUCGACGUGAACCCCAUGCCCGAUUCCGAGUCGCUUGUCGAUGAGGCCUUCUGGGCCGGCUCCUACACGCCCGACUACGAAGUGCCCGAGUGGCUGCGUGCGACGGCCUUAACGCGCAAGGAUAUUGCCCACCACCUCCGCAAUGCUGGUAAGGUUGAGGUGGCGGCUCAGCCCGCCGCACUCGAGUUCGACGAGACCGUGGUCGAGCCUGAUCGCAAGCAGAAGAUAACCAAGGCACUUGCUUUCCUGCACGCCCGCGGGGUCGACGCCCUCCUCAACUUCAUCAUCGAGGGUGACGCAGGAGGCGACAACUCGCAGAUCCAGUCGCUGUAUUUCUACCAGUCGUUCGGUGGCCUUCCGUCGAAACAAUACUACAAGGAGAAGCCCAUCCUUGACCUGUACCAGUCUGUCAUCUCCGGCGUGCUCAAGAGCGUCGCUGAGGAGUCGCUCGCAAGCAACGACAAGCGCGACCUCCUUAAAGACAUCCUCCAGGAGGCUGCUGAGGAGGGCUGGCCUUGGCCGUGGCCGGGAGGCGACAAGGACGACCCGGUCAAAACUGAGCCCCUCGACAAGCGCAUGGACAAGCUCGCGGCCAAGGUCGUCAACUUCGAGCGCAAGAUUGCCAUGGCUGGCGCAGACCCCGAGUACCUCUUCAACCCGAGCUUCUCGUACAACCCGUAUACCGCCAAGGACGUCCAGAGGGCUCUUCCCUUCCUAGACCUUGGCGCGUAUCUCUCGGCGAUGGCCCCCCGCAAGUUCCCGUCUAAGAUUGUCGUCUCGCACCCACCGUACCUCAAGAAGAUCGCCAAGCUGGUUGAGGAAGUACCGGACCACGUCCUGAGCGCCUACUUUGUGUCCAAGCUAGCGAUGACGUACGGAGGAGCCCUUGGCCCGAAGACGGAGAUCCGCAAGCAGGUUAAGACGCUCAGCAACGUCCUCUCUGGCGUCAAACCCGGCACUGAGGAGAACCGGCAGGACAUCUGCCUAAGCGCUGUUGACGGAAUCGUUGGCUUCAUUGCUGGACGCGAGUUUGUUCAGGCCGCCUUCUCUCCCGAAGCCAAGGCCGACGGCGAGCACAUCAUCAACUCGAUUAUACAGGCGUUCUAUGACAAGCUUCCGCGCAUCAUGUGGAUGGACGAGAAGUCAGCGAUGGCGGCCCAGAAGAAGGCCAGGGCUAUCAUUCCUAAGGUCGGCUACCCCCUCAGCCCAAACACGACCGACCCCAACUCGAUCCGCAACUGGUACCAGAACGUACCGAUUGUCGCCGACGACUACUUCGGCAACGUGCUCGGUAGCGAGAUCAUGGACAACCGCCGCGCAUGGCUCACCCUCGGCCGGGAGCGCAACCGCAACACGUGGGAGAUGUACCCACAGACCGUGAACGCGUAUUACUCGCCUCCUGACGGCGAGAUUGUCUUCCCAGCGGGCAUCCUCCAGCCGCCCUUCUACUCGUACGACUGGCCCUCGCACCUCAAGUACGGCGCGUUCGGCGCGGUGGCAGCACAUGAGCUCACACACGCAUUCGACAACUCUGGCGCACAGUACGACGAGCAGGGGCGUCUGCGUGACUGGUGGACGAACAAGACUAUCAAGGCAUUUGAGGAGCGCGCGCAGUGCGUCUCGCGUCAGUACUCGAAGUACUUUGUCCUUGACGACAACGAGAACAAAGUGUAUGUCAACGGUAACCUCACGAACGGCGAGGACAUUGCCGAUUCGGGCCUCGCACAGGCGUAUGCCGCGUGGAAAGCCGACUCGAAGCAUCCCGAGCAGCUUCCCGGCCUGGACUACACACCCGAGCAGCUGUUCUUCAUCGCGUUCGGGCGUAUCUGGGCCACCCUCACGCGCCCCGCAACGGCCGUUGCGCGCGUGCGUACCGAUCCCCACUCGCCGCCGUACUGGCGCGUGAUUGGGACGCUUCGGGACAACGACGCAUUCCACAAGGCGUUCAACUGCAAGCCGGGCUCGCCGAUGAACCCGCCCAAGAGCGAGCAGUGCUCGCUGUGGUAG